CUCGGCUAUCUUCUUAAGUCUAUUGCCUUCUAUAUCGCGGUGCUCGCCUUGCAACGUCUAGCCGAAUUCCUUAACCCAUAUCGACCACAGCCACCAUGGGAGCAAGAACAUUCAGCUUCACAGCGUCAAUCACAGCGCUUGUAGGCUUUCUUAUAGCCCGUACCGCUCAUGCAGCCUCGUUCCGAUGGUAUGUUAACGCCUCCAGUGCACUCGGAGGUGUGGUUUGGCUUGCUUGUGCCUAUUUCAUGCCGAGCCAGGCGGCCACUGGAUGCAUUGGAGCUGCUCUAGCGAUUGGUAUUAACGCUGUCAUUCACGCGCAUGGCGGCACAGGCUUGUCCGAUGCCCUGAUUCCCACUAGAAACGCCGUAGAUGCGGUGUCCUUCGUCCAUACUACCCAUGAAGGUGUCAUCCAUAAUUUCAUCAACACCACCGCCUUGACUUAUGACUGGCACCAUGUGCAUGCCAUCGAUCAGCCGAUGAACCUGACCGUCCCAAUGCUGCCCGGCGGAAGGGUUCAUGCCCGUACCCUUAGGUUUGACACCAUGGACUGCGAUGCCGAUUGCCCCAAUAAGAAACCGUCACAGCUUGAUAGCCAAGCUACGAAAUACAAGAUUGAGGAGAUUGAUUUUGCCUGGUCUGCGCGCAAGGGAUAUGCAUAUUCCACUGACGGGACCGUUGCACAUAUAGGAUCCAACUACUACGGUGACAAAUACGCACCGGAUAUUCCACCUGCUUGUUGA